AAUACAUGUGUAUGUCGGUCAUCGUGUUGGUCUGGAGCGCCACAGCCGCCGCUCCGCAUUACAGCACCCUCUCGUCGACACUCCCGCCCUCGACCCCUCCUCUUGCGCCCUCCUCCGACCGCAACGUCCAGUCCGCGCCUCCUCCUGCCUUCGCCUCGGCUCCUGGCGCCCGUUUCGAGUACGUCUGGAGUGAAGGCUUCCUCGGCGCAGGCGGUGACGUCGAGCCGGCCGCAGUCUUGCCGGUUCGCGAGGCGCUGGAGCGGUGUAGCGCCAAUUCAGCCUGCCGCGGCGUCUCGUUCCGAGGCUCCAACGCCACCAGCGGCUCCGUGCGCGCCUACUUCAAGAUUGGGGACGCCGUCAGCGGCUCGCCCGGCUGGUCGACCAUGCUGAAGUCCGCGCCAGUCACGCCUCCCGCGGCCACCCUGCCGGUCGGCGGCUCCUCGCGCCUCUCCCUCCGCCUUCGGCGCGACUACUUCUCGGUGCAGAACCUGUCCCGCACGGGCGAGGACUGGUCCUUCUCGCGCCCUCUGGACGGCAGCUCGACCCUGCCGCUGUGUGCCCAUCUCGGAGACCUCACCAUUCGCCUCCGAAGCGGCGGCGGAGGCGGUGACGGCGGCGGAGGCGGCGGAGGCGGCGGCGGCGGCGGCGGCGGAGGAGGAGGCGGAGGCGGAGGCGGAGGAGGAGGAGGCGCUACUCCUUGGCUGGCACUCUCCACCAUCGCCCUUGCCGCACCGGCCACACCGCUGGUUGCGGCGGCGGGGGCGCCGGCGCCGGGCGGCGGCACCGUGCUGGCGGCGCAAGAGGUGAGUGCUAUGCUCAAGGCUUCGGCGCCGGCCGACGCCCUCUCUCUCAACUCCGCCAACUCCGCCGCCGCCGCCGGCUUGCGGGUGGUGCGGUCGUACGAGCGGUCUGCGGACGGCGCGGCCCUCGUGCUGCGCUUCAACCUGACCAACGGCGGGCGGUCGCCGGUCGAGGUCGGCGCGGUCGGGCUUGCAAUGCCGGAGAGCCCCGGCCACCCUCCCGCCGGCAUCGAGUCGGCGACACUCCUUGUCACUCCCGCCGACCGCAUCAGCAGCCCGCUCGAGGCGUGGAGGCCGAUGAUGGAGGAUUUGGGCGGCGGAGACGCGUACGAGUGGGCUGCCCAUAUCUCCCCAUAUCUCCCCAUAUCUCCCGCCCCGAGGGCCAACAACACGCAGUGGCCUCACCUCGCCAUGUCGGACUCGCUCAAGCAGCAGUACCCCCCCUUCGCCACGGACCCAGAGACGCCGUGGCCGACCACCGACGGCAAGCGCGCGAUGCCGCGGCUCGCCGCUUCCGGCGGCGGCGCGGCGCGUCCGUGGGUCGACCCGACGACUCUCCUGCUCCGGCCGGGCGAGACCUCCUCCAUCGCCCUCCGCCUCCAGCUGGCCGAGGCCGGCCCGCGCACGCGCGACGCCGCCCUCGCCAAGAUGGGCUCCGCCGUGCUGCGCGCCGUGCCAGGGUACGUCCUCUCGCCGCACCUGCCCGGCACGCUCUUCGUUCAGCCGCCGGCCGGAGCGACCGUCUCGUCCGCCCGCGCCGACCCUCCCUCCGGCGCCGACACCGCCACCCUCGAUGCCACGCUGCGUGCGCCCCUCCCCAGCGGCUUCGUCCCCGUCCGCCUGACUGCGGCGGGCUACGGUGAGGCGCGGCUCCGCGUCGCCUUCUCCGACGGCUCAGAGGCGCUCGCGCACUACUACGUCCUGCCGCCGUUUGAGCGCCAAGUCGCCGCGCUCGGCGCCCACCUCGCCGAUGUGGCGUGGCUGCCGCGCGAGUACCCGGACCCGUUCGGCCGGUCCGCCUCCGUGAUGCCAUGGGACCGCUCGAUCUGCCCCUACUCUGGAGAGCCGUGCGGCCACGUCCUCAACGACGCGCGCGCGUACGACGCGGGCCUCUCGGACGACGCCGGGGGGGGCAACCCGCUCUGCCUCGCCGCGAAAGUGCGCGCGGCGCCGACGGCGCACGAGGCGUCCCGCGUCGACGAGUACAUCCGCUGGACGCUGUACGGUGUCAAGCCCGACACGGCGUCGCCUCCGCUCAAGUCGCUGCAGAUCCGGGAGGAGGAGGUGGCGGCGGGGGAGGCGGACGCGGAGUCCGAGGAUGGGGUGCGGAUGACGAUGUUUUACUACAACUGCAGCGGCCCAAAGGGGGCGCCCCCCUGCUCCGACGCGAGCAGCGGGCACUUCGCGUACUCCGAGGCGGACAAGUGCCACAAGCCGUUCGGGGGGGCGGACAAGUGCCACAAGCCGUUCGGGGGGCCAACCUGGUGCAUGACCGAGACCAUGGCGAAUGCAACCUACCGCGGCUUCAACUACCCGCACCAGAUCUCCUCCUACUGGGCGAUGUACCACGUGGCGCGCCACACCACCCUCCCCACGGCGCGCGACUGGCACUGGUACCUCUACCGCGCCGGCAAGACGGCGCUCAAGCUGGGCACCUCAAACGUCGGCUUCAUGGACGGAACCGUGGCGCGCGAGGUGCUGGCCGCCCUGCUAGUCGAGGGCGAAGCCGGAAACACGACGCUCGCUGCCAUCGGGGCGCAGCUGCGCGGGCAGAUGCAGCGGCGGCAGCAGCGGUGGGCCGUCACGCCGCACCCUUAUGGCUCCGAGUUUGGCUUCGACACCACCGGCCAGGAAGAGGUGGUGGUGUGGAACCUGUACUUUGGGAACGAGACCGCCGCAAAGCUCACUGUCGAUCACGUCCUCUCCUACAUGCGCUCGUCGCCCACCUGGCCCUACCACGGCGGCGCGCGCUCGUGGGGCGACGUCGGCAACAACGGCAAGCACUACCGCGCGGGCCUAAACAUGAUCCCCCUGAUCGAGUGGUACCGCCGCCACCCUGAGGAAGGCGCCUUCCUCCUCGAGGUGGCGAUGGGGGCCAUGGCAGGCCAGCUCGUCGACAUCGGCCCCGCCACCGGCUGCCAGCUCGUCAACAUCGACCCCGCCACCGGCUGCCAGCUCGUCAACAUCGGCCCCGCCACCGGCUGCCAGCUCGUCAACAUCGGCCCCGCCACCGGCUGCCAGCUCGUCAACAUCGGCCCCGCCACCGGCUGCCAGCUCGUCAACAUCGGCCCCGCCACCGGCUGCCAGCUCGUCAACAUCGAUCCCGCCACCGGCGCGACGUCAAUGAUGUACCACGCUUCGCCGCACAUGCGCGCCUUCGACCCGCACUCUGGCGACUACGGCCUCGGAUUCUUCGGCAACGCGCUCGAGACGGGCGCGUACUACGUCGUCGACGCUGCCCUCGGCCCGCUUUGCUUCUUGUGCGUCGCGACGCCGCAAGAGGGCGGCGGUGGAGGGGGAGGAGGCGUGGCGAUGGCGAUGCAAGAGGGCGGCGGUGGAGGGGGAGGAGGCGUGGCGAUUGAGCCACGCGACGCGUACCGCAUCUCCGCCUACCUCGAGCCGCUCGGCCUCUACGUCCAGAGCGAGUGCGGCCGCUUCUCCCGCCUCGCCUAUGACGGGCGCCAGUCAGUGGCUGACGAAGCGCCACUCAUCGCUGCUUUCGCGCGCCUGCUCCACAGAGGGCUCCUGCGGCUCUCCCUCGUCGCGUGA